AUGACACAAGGCAUGGAUAGUGAAGGAAGCAGCGACAAGCCGCCCAAACCCAGGAACACGGAGGCGCGCAAGGAACAAAACCGGAUAGCAUCUCGAGCUUAUAGAGAAAAACGCAAACAAAGACUAGCGUUGCUGGACCAGAUCCUGAAGACCGACGACGUAGCAGACUCGUCGCCGAGCUCUCCGAGCGACGCCGGCGACUGCGCACUAUCCGUCAUGUGCAGCAGCAGCAGCAGCAGGGACUCGUCGGGAAGCCCGCUACCGGCACCAGAAGCGCUCCCGGUGUCAGAUGCGACGGCACCGCUGUGGCCACCUAAUAUAGCGGACGGGAUGUCGGAUCUCACGAACCACUACGGAGGUGUAGUGAGCGACUCACUCGAUAACCUGUGGAUGGGUGCCCUCGGCCAGGACGGCUAUGUAUUCGACGCUCACCACGGCUUGGUGGACAUCUAUCACCCGGCAAAUGUCCCGUUGCUAGAAAGUCAGCUCCAUCCUGGUCUCACGCCUCUGAUAUCUUCAUAUCCGCCGCCAGAGGAUACACUUCUUGAGGAACAUUACGGCGUCUCUCAUGUAGCGGAGUCACAAGGCACACAUGAUACUAGGCAUGAUGCACCAUACUCAUACAGCGAAGUAGGUGUGCACCCGGCUCAGGAUUCUGCUGUGGAUGCGGUCCUUAAUAGCUUUUCACAGCUCGACGAGAGCCAACAACGACGGGUGUUAAAGAUCAUUCAUAGAAAGAGAGGCAGGACCGGACCUGUACCACUAGCUUGGGACAUGACAUUGAGCUACCCAGUGACGCCACCACCCGGUAUGUGA